AUGACUUCCUCUACGAGCUCGCGAACGGGCACGUCUCUCAGACAUGUUAUCCAAGCAGAGAUCCUCUCUGUCACCAGUACGAUGCGCAGGAACUCGAGAUGGGCCUCAUCGACAGUUGUCAUAGGCCAUCGAGGCCAUCCUAGGGAACUAGGAUCCGACUUGGGACUUCGGCUAUCCUCUCCUGCAGCUCCAGUCCACCAAUCUGGAAGAGGAAGCAAGGAGGCAGAGCUUAUGGCCAACUUUGUCGAGCUUCAGAGGACGAUCCAAAAUAUACCUGAUGUUGCAGUCCUUGACCUCGGGACGCUGUUAGCACCAUUCCUCGCCAUCAUAAGGUCACCUCUCUCGACUGGUCCCAUCACUUCUUCAGCGCUAUCCGCCUUGCAUUCGUUCUUCGUCUGUGGAAUUAUCCGGCCAGACGCUUCAGAACAUCUCAAUGUCGUGUUGGCAGAACUCAGCAACACCAUCUCGCAUUGCCGAUUUGAAGCUAGCGACUCAUCUGGUGACGAAGUGGUCCUCUUGAAACUUAUGACUGUCAUCGAAGACUUUAUCUGCAAUCCUGUGGGCGGGAGUUUGGGGGAUGUCGAGGUAUGCGAGUUGUUGGAGGCUGUCCUGACGACUUGCUGCCAGCCCCGAUUGAGUGGUACCUUGCGACGUUCCGCAGAGAACACGAUGCACAAUUUAGUGAGGACAGUAUUCAGAAAGCUAAACCAGCUGGACCCGGAGACGGAGGAAGCAAAGCUGAAAUCUGAUGAGGCCGAAACCGAAGGAGAACUCAAAAUGACAGUUCAGUCAAGUACGGAAGCAGUACAAGAAACGCAGACAGAAGAACCCGUCGAGGGCUCCCCCGAGGCAACGAACGCUUCCGAAGCACCGGCUUCGGAACAGGAUCAAGGCCAGGAAAAUCAACCACAGCAGCAACCAGAGCAGCCAAGCUCUACUACAGUACCCCAGGAAGAAGAGGAGCCUACUUCUGCCGUCUCAUUUGGAAAGAAACCUGAAUACGGCCUUCCUUCCCUCAUCGAGCUCUUGCGAGUCAUCAUCAAUGUUCUCGACCCAACCGCACAACAACACACAGACUCCAUACGUCUCAUUGCCCUCGGUAUUCUGAACGCUGCCUUCGACGAGGCAGGGUGCACAAUUUCCAAGUUCCCCUCGUUGCGUGUCCUAAUCACCGACCCUGGUUGCAAAUAUCUUUUCCAACUUGCCCGUUCCGAGAAUAACGCCAUUCUCCAUCUCUCUCUCAGGACUAUAUUCACCAUCCUUGACUGCAUGAAGAAGGAUCUCAAGUUGCAACAAGAGCUGCUGUUGACUUUCACCAUUGACCGUCUAUAUCUUCCUCCCGCCAGGCUUCAAGUACCUGCUAGAAGAGGCGCCACUUCUUCCCCUCGCCCGGGAACCCCAUCCAUUGCUACGCCUCCCCUUGGUCCCUCUGACGAAAAGGCAGACACCCCUCGACGCGUACCUCCAGCUCGAGGCGAGAUCCGCGACUACAUCCUGGAAACCCUUAGCCACCUUGUGCAUCAACCCAACUUCAUGGUCGACAUUUACGCCAACUAUGACUGCGAUACCAACUGCGAGAACCUCUUCGAGAAAUUGAUCGAAUUCUUAACGAAGGCUGUAUACCCAGCGCAAGGUUUAACGAGCCUUGAAAGUCAACGGAAUACGCAAUACCUGUGCCUGGAAAUGCUCCUCGCCUUCGUUAACGACAUGGCCAACCGCGCCAAUGCUAAUACCGACGCUAUCCACUCAUUGCUUCAAGCUAAAUCUCGCAAGGAACUCAUUUCCGCAGGUGCCACCAAAUUCAACACGAAACCCAAGACCGGUGUCGCCUUCUUAGAGGAGAACGGGUUCAUCUAUCAAGACCUUUCGCCGGAGGUAUCCAAGCCCCAAAGUCUUGCCAAAUUCCUCAAAUCUUGCGGAAGGCUGGACAAGAGAGUCUUAGGGGGCUAUAUCUCCAAGCCGGACAACAUUGAACUUUUGAAAGCGUUCAUCGGGCUUUUCGAUUUUAAAGGAAAAGACGUGGCCGAUGCGUUGCGGGACAUGUUGGAGGCGUUCCGUCUUCCCGGAGAAUCUCAGCAGAUCAGCAGAAUUACAGAGGUAUUCUCCUCUAUUUACUUUGCCACUGGACCUGAGGAGAUCAAAUCGGAAGAUGCCUGCUACGUCUUGGCGUACUCUGUGAUCAUGCUCAACACCGACCUUCACAAUGCACAAGUCCGAAAACGAAUGUCCGUUGAGGACUACAAGAAGAACUUGCGUGGUGUCAACGAGAAAACCGAUUUCUCUUCCGAAUAUCUGACAAAGAUUUACGAAUCCAUCAAGAAGGAAGAAAUCGUCAUGCCCGAAGAACACAGUGGCCAAGUUGGGUUCGAGUACGCUUGGAAAGAACUCUUGACACGGUCACGACAAGCAGGCGAUUUCGUCCAAUACAACACUUCUGUCUUCGACGUCGAGAUGUUCAAAGCCGUUUGGAAGCCCGUCAUUUCAGCCAUUGCUUAUGCUUUUAUCACCUUCGACGAUGAUUACAUUAUCCAACGCGCUGUUGCUGGAUUUAGGCAAUGUGCCACCUUGGCUGGACGGUUCAACCUCCCUGACGUCUUCGACUUUGUGGUCAUCUCUUUGUCACAGGCAACUGGACUCUUGUCCGAGUCACUCCCGGCCCAAGUUCCGAACUAUCCUAUCGUCGAGGUUGAGGGCCAAUCUGUCACAGUGUCUAAACUCUCGGUCGAGUUUGGAACCAAUUUCAAGGGACAGUUGGCAGCUGUGGUCUUGUUCAACAUCGUGAAUGGCAAUGGGAACGCUCUUCGGGAGGGGUGGACUCAGAUUUUCGAAAUGUUCCAAAACCUUUUCCUUCACUCUCUCCUCCCAACCCGCAUGCUACAAAUGGAGGAUUUCCUGGGUGGCUUUACCAUGAUCCCCUUGAGAGGGAGUCAACCACAGCCCGCUCAGUCGCGGGGCGACGGUGGUUUACUCUCGACAUUGUCGUCGUAUCUCAUGACGCCCUACAGUAGCAGUGAAGCUCAGGUCCCUGAUGCAACUGACGCGGACGUCGAAAACACAUUGUGCACUAUCGACUGCAUCACGUCUUGUCGAUUGGACGAAUUCUACAGUCAGAUUACCCAAAUCGACUCGGAUGCUAUGGUCGCCGCUGUCCGGGCUCUCGAGGCUUUGGCCCAUGAGCGAACCGUUGCCAAGCUCAGGCUCCACUCCGAAGAUAACUUGACAGCGCUCGACGACCCUCCCUACAAGCUUCCGUAUGACCCUGCAUCAGUCUUCCUACUUGAGACUAUGGCAAGCAUAGCUUGUCAGGCCCCGCAGUUUAUCGAAGAACUUUGGCCAGUUAUCUUCGAGCACAUAUCCGCCCUCUUAUCAUCUGCUGCACAGUACAGCAUUCUUCUGAUUGAGCGUGCUGUAGUCUGUCUCUUGCGACUGUGCCAAAUUCUCGCAUAUAACCCAUCCCUUAGAGAUCAGAUUUACGUCUCUCUUGACCUCUUGGCUCGCAUCCACCCGAGCGUGUCGAGCUCAGUUGGAGAUCAAGUUGUAGCAGGGCUCAUUGUAAUCAUGCAGAAGCACCCUAACAUCGUUCGCUCUCAGACCGAGUGGAAUCUUGUGUUCGCUCUCCUUCGCAACAUGCUCUCACAUCCUGAAGCAGCAAGGCUAACCUUCGAACUCACCUCUAAUUUGGCUGGAGAAGGACCUGACGCUGAUGUCUCUUUGGACAACUUUGCCGGCCUUGUCACGAUCCUCGAUGACUUUGCCUCAGCGGCUGGUGCUUUGGUAGAGGCUCAUACUCGACAAUCACGAAGGCGUGUGGAACCCCUCACUGCAGCCAACUCGGUACCCGUUGAAAGGGGAAAGAAAUCUGUCGAAUACAUUGCAGCUAUGCUGAAGAGGCUACCAGAGCUGUUGACUCAAGCUCAGGUGGCUCCUCCUGAAGCAUGGAAACACUUCACACUUCCACUUCUUUCCUCACUUGCCCGCCAAUCUGUCAACGCCUCUCGCGAAAUCCGCCACGUCGCUAUCAGUCAACUACAACGCAUCCUCCUCGGGCCAGCCCUCGACCCCGGUACCACUGACCAAAGUCAAGUCGAAGACGUAUUCAACCGUGUUGUCUUCCCUCUCAUCGACGACUUGCUGAAGCCCCAGGUGUAUCAACGUGACCCACAAGGAAUGUCAGAGACUCGGCUGCGAGCAUCUGCUCUCUUGUGCAAGUCGUUCAUGCAUUUGGAGGUGAGGGAGGAGAAGAUGCGAACCGAUUUCCGGCUGCUCUGGAUUCAGAUUCUGGAUCUAUUGGAUCGACUUAUGAUCGCUGGUCGUGAUGACCAACUUAAUGAAGCAGUCCCAGAAUCGCUGAAGAAUGUGUUGCUCGUCAUGAACGCGGUUGGAAUCCUCGUUCCCCCAGCUCCUGAAGGUGAAGAGCAAGAUCAACUCCGCAAGACUCUCUGGACUGCCACGCACGAACGCCUGGAAAGGUUCCUUCCUGGUUUCCUUCAAAGUGUUAUUGCUCCUCCACAAGCUCCCAUCCCUUAG